AUGCCUUCCCAAGCAGCCACCGACCCGGCCUACUCCGAGGCCACCACCCCCAACGGCCAUGACAACGUCCCGUUCUUCGACGAGACCCAGAAGGCCGAGGCCCGCAAGAUCAAGCCCAACACCAUCAUGUACGCGAGCAUCCUGGUGGCGCUGCUGCAGCCCUUCCAGAGCGGCUGGUCGUCCUCGCAGACCAACCUGUCGCAGUACAACGACACGGACGAGUGCAACGCGCGGCCCGUGGCCGAGGACACGUGCCUCAUGUUCCCGGGCCACUCCAAGCUCGAGUGGACGUUCGCCGUGAACGCAUGGAUCUUCGGCGGCAUGGUCGGCUCUCUGUUCUGCGGCCACUUCAGCGACCUGUGGGGCCGCAAGAAGCUGCUCUUCGUCAACUGCAUCUUCAUGAUCGUGGGCGCCGUCGUCGAGGCGUCCGUGUCGAACGUCUGGGCCUUCUCGGCCGGCCGCCUCAUCGCCGGCAUCGCGUCGGGCACGGCCACGGGCACGCUCGGCGCCUACACGAACGAGCUGACGCCGCCGCACAUGCGCAACAUCCUGGGCCUGGGUCUGCAGAUCUCGGUCACCAUCGGCAUCUUGUUCCCGGCCAUCACCUUCUUCUUCGCCAACACGAGCUCGGGCUGGCGCUACCUGGCGGCCUUCCCGGUCAUCCUGGCCGUGCUGUUCCUGGUGCUGGCGCCGUCGCUGUGCGUGGAGAGUCCGGCGUGGCUGCUCAUGAAGAACCGCCGCGAGGAGGCCAAGCAGGUCAUCGCGCGUCUGUACGGCGAGGAGCACGUGUACACGGCGCUGUCGUGGAUGGAGUCGUCGAGCAAGCCGGACGCCGAGCAGGGCCUGAUCCAGAACACGGCUGAGAAGGAGUCGCUGUUCUCCCCCAAGUACCGCCUGCAGCUGGCCGCGGCCAUCCUGCUGUCGUGCUCGCAGCAGCUCUCGGGCAUCAACGCCGUGUUCUACUACUCGAGCUCGAUCUUCAAGGACGCCGGCAUCUCGGACCCGCGCGUGGGCACGCUCAUCAUCAACUUCAUCAACAUCUGGCCGGCCUUCUUCACGGGCGUGCUGGCGCAGCGCUUCGGCAACCGCAAUAUGAUCCUGUGCGGCAUCGCCGGCAUGUUCGUCAUGGCCGUGCUCAUGACGGUGGCGUUCCUCGUGGACGUGCCGGCGCUGUCCAUCGUCUUCACGGCGCUGUACGUGAUCGCGUUCGGCGUGACGCUGGGGCCGCUCGUGUGGGUCAUCACGGCCGACCUGUUCCCGGACUCGGUGCGCGCCACGGCCACGUCCAUCGGCAUCGGCGCCAACUGGCUGUGCAACUUGAUCGUCGGCGUGGCGUACCCGUACAUCGCGGACGCGCUGGACGACUACAGCUAUCUUCCGUUCAUCGUGCUGCUGGCCAUCUUCUUCCUGCUGUCGCUCAAGCUGGUGCCGGAGACGUCCAACAAGUCUGCGGAGGAGGUGCUGCGUGAGUACGAGGAGCGUCGUCGCCAGUAAGCGGUGGAGUUCGAGUGAAGUAUCCGUCCGUUGGGAGAUAGGGACAUCGCGGAUUAGUUUUUGAUGUUUAAGGCCUGAGGUAUUGGGAUCUGGUACUUCAUCUUUAUAGGGAUAUCUCAACAAAGUUUAUCAGAAGUGCCAAA